UGUAUUUGGAGAGAAGUGAUCUUUCACACUGAAUAUAACUCUGGAUACAAAUAUGUUCCUCAGAUCUGUUGCUGACUUGCUGCUGACUGCCGCUUUGCUGCACCUGCCUUUGGCUUUAUCAAAGGAAGUUUAUACUACCAGCCAUGGUGGGACUUGCAUAGGUACCUGUGGAAGAGAAAACUCAGAUUACUAUUGGUGCAAACAGAAAGGUGUCAAUGGAUGGUGGGAUUACUGUUCCCCAGAGGAAGGUUAUGAUGUCUAUUACAGGCCAUGCUUAUCAGCUUGUCAGGUGUUGAAGGAUUCCAUAUAUGAGCAGUGUUUUACAGAUAAUGGCUGGAGUAAAUGUGGACAUGUAGUUGAAGAGUUUGAGCUUUACUAUACCCCAAGUCACUUUCUGUGUGAAACUGAGUGUAUCUUACAUGAAAGUUAUUAUAGAUGUACAGACAUACUUGGACAUGAAGAGAAGUGUUCACCAUCAAAUGAUCUAACCACAAAAGGAGAGCCAUGCCGAAUAGAUCACCCAUGUGGUUCACACGGUUACAGUUAUACCUGGUGCUACACAGAUACCAGUGAUAAUUGGGAUAACUGUGGAAAAGUUAUUAGCGACUGUGAGCGAAAACGAUAUAAACGUGAAGAUGGAGAUGAAGAGGUCUGUAGAAUAACUGAUUCUGGAAACAAUCGUCAGUUGGUACUAACAGCCAUCAUCGUGCCUGAAAAUAAUUUCCGCCAACCAUCACGAGCACAAUUUACAGAAGCUUCCCAUCUCAUUAACACAGUCAAUGCUAACUUUUGUUUUCCCAAUACUGCUCGUACUGUUGCCUAUUCUGAGAAUAUUAGAAUGGAUAUGCAAGGAACCUUUGAACGUGAUGGAGUUAGGUAUAUGAAUGUACAACUUCAACUCAAUGAGCCAAGGCAAGGAUCCUCGUCAAGACAUUCCACAACCAUCGCUCAAAUCCUUUUCCCACACGAUUUCAACAUCGCUGUCUUUUUCAGAUACAUAAGGAGAGCCCUGCAAACCAGCCUGCGUAGUGCUUACCAUGGACCUCCUGUAAGGAUUUUCAUAACCAUGAACCAUAUUGACCAUUGAUGGGCAAUAUGACCUUUUUCUGAUCUAUAUAUACAUUUGUAAGGUGCAUUUGCUUAUAAUCUGUUUCUUGACAUAAUCAUUUGAUCCUAUUAUCCCUCCAGAAAAUAAAACCAAAAAUAAAAAAAU